UUCUGUCAUCUGAACACUAGAUGUCUCAACCAGCCCUCCAAACCCUCUCAUACUUCCUCUGCUGGUGUCUCACUCGGGGUUACCAACCGAGGAGUGGAAGACAAAAACAGCAGUUUCCCACAGAUUAGGAGUGACAGGAGAGGACUUGGAGCAGAGGACAGGAGUGCUUUUGGUUGCUUAUUCUAGUUCACUUUAAUCAAACAUUAAUGCCAGUCACUCCCUGAACCUUUGACUUCAACACUGGACUCUACAAUCUGCACACACCAUGACUGCCAUUGGUGUCAAGGUCUACAGAAGCUCUUUACUACAGAGGAAACCACAUCCCCACUCCCUGCAAGCCCUGGUCCGCAGCCUGAUCAUCCUUUGCACCACCCUGUCCAUCAUCCUCUCCGCCACAGCCCUGUGUGAUGGCCACUGGCUUCAGACUUCCAGAGGACACACGUUUGGCCUGUGGCGCUUCUGUUCCACAGAACAUGUGGAAAGUGUGGAUGGGAUGAUACCAGUUGAGCGUCACAGCCCGUCAGCCUUUGUAGGACAUAAAGCUUCAGCCAACCUGCACUGCAUCACCGAGCUGGGUCAGUCUGGUGUGGAGGGGGUGCAGGUGGGGAUGGCCUGUUGUCGUGCUCUGGUUUCCCUGGCUGUGGUGGCUGCCAUCUUUGGCCUGGAGUUCCAGGUGAUUUCCCAGGCGAGCCAGGGCCAGGAUUCAGCCUGUCGAUGGGUCCAGGGCUCAGACCUGAUGCUGGUGGCAGCAUCCAUGUCUGCGUCAGGUGUGGCCAUGUUCGUGGCUCUGCUUCAAGGGUUUGUGUCACCAGUGGGCCUCACACUCACCUUCUGGUGCCAGAUCACUGCUAUAUUCCUCUUUCUCCUGAAUGGAAUGGCAGCACGCUACAUCCAUGACAUGAACACAUAAGCUCCAUUGGGUGGCACCCUGCAGAAAUGCUGAGGGAGAGUGUGUGUAUGGGGGCGAGGUGAAUCUGUUCCUGAGCAUUGUGGUGUAAUGGUCAAUCUACGGACAGCUUAAUCCCUCGCAAACUGCUUUGGACAAGUUAAAAAUUAAGGAUGAGCGAUUAUCUGUACUAAAUGAUCUGUAUCUGUACUCAGAAUGGACAGGGCUUUAAUCAGACCUUAUUUUAAUAUGGGUUAAUCAGAAGUUGCUAUAUUAAUUUGAAAACUACCGUAGCCACAGUGUCGUUCCCAUACAGAAGUAUGAAUCAGGCUUAAUAAACGCCUGGUGGCGAUUACAUAAUGAUCUUCACUCUGUGGUACUGUUGAACUGUAAUCAGCCAAUCACAAAAGAAGUGGGACAGACCACACUGAUCAGAAAUGUAUCUCUUUUGUCUGGGUAGCCUUUUAGUAGUAUUAUUAUUAAGGUGAGCCUUUUGGCUUUCUAUAUAAGAAAUCUAUUUACUUAUUUAUUUAUAUUUAUAUAUAUAUUUAUUUUCUUAAACUUUGUUCUGAGAAGGAUGUUUCUAGAAAAAUCUAAAACAUUUGCAAAUUUCUGAUGUUUAUAGGCACUUAUUGCUUAUCUAAUGAUUCUUCUCCUUUAGUCUGACUUAAAAUUAAUUUUAACUGUAAGACUUCAUUUGAACUAUGUGCGACAGGAAGUGUAAAAGGACCAUAGAUUGUAAGUGUUAGUGUUGAACUGUCUGUGUUCUGUGGUUUUUAGCAGCACAUAAACACAUUUCUACAGCUGACUGCUGCUGUUUUUUGUUGUGUUGUGAAGUAUAUUCAAAUAAACUCUUCAUUUUCCAUUGUUUCCAACCUGUCUUAUACUUUUUAUCCAUGCAGCUGAACAGAACCUAAACUUUGUAGGACAGCAAACCAAACGGAUGGAGCACAUGAUGAUAUCACAGUUAUAAAAAGGCUCACUGAUGUGUUUUUAUUUGCUUUUAGAUAACAAUAGAGCUUUACGACACAGAAGAAUAAGAUGUAUCAGACUUUGAUACAGAUAAUACUUGUCAGUGGGAUCAAUUCACGUUUGGUUUGGGUAUUUUCAUUGGAUUUGUUAAGUAGCAAGUGGACAAGCAGUUUUGGCUUAUUGUGUACAUUUAGGAAACACGUGUGUGUGUCACUGUCUCAUCUGGCUGUAAUAAUCUUACUGUCAGCUAAAUUAUCAGAUAAAGCCAGAAUGAGCUGUCAGUAUUUUUAGUUUAAAGGUCACUUGAUAAGAGCUUGCUGAUUAGUAUCUCUAGUAUGUCCAUUGACCUAUUUACUGUCAGUGUUCAUCGCUGCACAACAAGCCUCUUUUAUUGCUACAGUAAGGUUGUGAGGCAAUAAUUUACCCAUGUCCAUACUUAUUAACUGAGACGUUUUCUUAUUUCUUUAUUUAUCUUAGUUUAAUUCUGAAAGCAAAGCGACAAAACCAAACAAAAAACUGAUUACACAACUUUUGACUGGGUUGGCAGUCCUAUGCAGGGGUGGCAUGAAGUACGUGACUUCCAUCAUUACUAACUUUGGCAAUUCCAGUAUUGUUUAUGGACAGUUUCCAGAAAUAUUCAAAUAAACUAGAAGAAAAUAAAACAUUUAUACCACAAACUGAAUGGUUUUUGCCCAAAUCUGCAUUAGUGGCCAUGUUUGUAAAGGGGAGACUUGUGGGCACCCAUAUAACCCAUUUCAUUCAGAUAUCUGGAGGUAAAAGGGGUCCCUUUAAAAAUGGUCAUACCAGUUAUUCCACUGCCAAAUUGUAGCCUAACUUUAGAGCAUUCUUUAGCCCCCUUCCCGACAUGCUAGUAUGACAUGGUUGG